GCUGAUUGAUAGUGGUUCAACCACUAAUUUAUUGUCUCCUAACGGGAUUCGUAAGGCGGGCCUGGGAAUGAAGCAAGUGGAACUGCAGAACCCUUGUCAGACCCAGGUGGGCAACCAAGAGGUUGUCACCUCUACACAUGCUAUCAAAGGUGUGCGCGUCACCUUUGACAAGGACCGCACUGUCACACAUGAGCUCAACUUCUAUGUCAUGGACAAGUGUCCGUUCGACGCUGUCAUUGGCUUGGGCUGGUUAAAGGCUCAUUGCCUAAGGACCACGUGGGCGGACAAUCAGUUCGUGGUGCGUGAUGCCAAGGGGAACGAGCGUACCGUCCUAUUGGAUGAGACGCGUAAGUCCCCUGUGACUCUUCUAAAUGCAAACAAAUUCUGCAAAUCAGUGCGCAGGCGCAAGGAAGUUGAGCACGUACAUGUAGCUUUUGUAAAGCCUCUCCAUGUGCCUUCUACUUUUGCUGCAUUUUCUACCUCGGUAAGUAACUCUACUUCUACCACCUCUACUUCUAAUCCAUCUACUUCUACUGUGAAUAAUCCCUCUACUUCUGAUCCAAGUACCUCCAAUCCAGUUGUAAUUGCUGUAAAUUCUCAAACUGAUGUUCUUUCUCCUGAUGAGGACGAUCCUCCACCGGAAGUCCCAACAAACAUUCGCCAGCUGUUAGAUCGAUUUCCUGAAGUUUUGGCCGAACCUCGUGGAGUUCCCGAGCGUCCGGUCAAACACAAGAUCGAGAUAAUAGAAGGGAGUGUUCCUCCAAAGGGCUGCGUCUACCGUAUGGGGCAAGGCGAGUUGGAGGAGUUGAGGAGGCAGAUUGAUGACAUGAUCGAUCGUGGAUGGAUUAGGCCUAGUGAGUCUGCGUUCGGUGCACCUGUCCUGUUUGUGCCGAAGAAAGGAGUCAAACUCCGGAUGUGCAUUGACUAUCGUGGCCUAAACCGUAUCACCCGGAAGAACGCGUAUCCCUUGCCUCGUAUAGAUGAUCUGCUAGAUGCUGCAGGUGGGUGCAAGGUCUUCUCCAAGAUCGACCUCAAAUCUGGCUACCACAAGAUUGAAGUUGAUCCGAGUGACCAGCACAAAACUGCAUUCAAGACACACGAUGGGCUGUACGAAUUCAUCGUUAUGCCCUUCGGUCUUACGAAUGCACCAGCCACAUUUCAGAGCCUCAUGGACAAGGUACUCCACCAUCAGCUCAACAGGUUUGUGGUUGUGUACCUUGGUGAUAUUCUGAUUUUCAGCAAGUCCAUGGAAGAGCACCUCAAGCACCUUGAGGAGGUCUUGCAGGUCCUCAAGGCGGCACAGCCGCACCUCAACUUAGAGAAAUCUGAGUUCGGAAGGGACAGCGUCAUCUAUCUUGGGCAUCGGUUGUUUGCAAACGGCCUCGAGCCGGAGGCAACCAAGGUGGAGGUCAUACGAAACUGGUCUCAACCAGUGAACGUACGUGAACUGCGCUCUUUUCUUGGUUUGGCUUCAUACUACCGGAAGUUUGUGCCAAAAUUUUAUAUCAUUGCUCACCCACUCUCAAGACUGACCAGUAAGAAUGUUGCCUAUGCAUGGUGUGAGAAGUGUGAGACUACGAUCCAAGCCUUAAAAGAGGCAUUGGUCAGUCAUCCUGUGCUCCGCAUUGCGGAUCCCAACCUCACAUUCGUAGUCACUACUGAUGCAAGCCAGUUUGGGAUUAGUGCAGUGCUGCAACAAGUUAAUGGUGAUGGACUGCAUCAGAACACGUGGGACAAGGAGCUGCAUAAAGUGAAGGGGUUGUAUAACAACUCCAUUCACUCUGCAACUGGCGUGACACCAAACCAGUUGCAAUAUGGAUGGCCGAUGCGUAAUCCCCUCUCCUAUUUGUUCCCUGAACGGUCACCUGGUCUGAUGCCCGGCAUGCCUGGCUACAAUGCCAAGUGCGCACGCUUGCUCAAAGCUGUUAUUGCAGCCAUGAACAAGCGCCAGCAUGCCAUGAUCAAACAUGCUAACAAGUUGCGCAAAGAAGAAAAAUUCAAAGUAGGGGAUUAUGUUUGGGUUAAAAUGUCUGAGUUUUCUGAUGAAGAGGGCAUAUCACGAAAACUCCUUCCAUCGUACUAUGGCCCUUGGCAGAUUCUGAAGGUGAUUGGGGAUGAUUUUGGUCCUUCAUAUGUGAUUGGCGUGCCUCCUCAUCUGCGCAUGUAUCCGGUCUUUCAUGCGUCCAAACUGUUUCCACACAUUGAUGAUGAGACGUUUCCCUUCCGAGACCCUAUGAUACCUCGCCCUAUCGACGGCGGCCAUGAGAUAGACAAAAUCGUUUCUCAUGAGGGAAGAGGGAGGAACAGACAGUACAAGGUUCACUUCCUCUAUCACCCGUUGACCGAGUUCUUCUGGAUCGACCGAAAAGAGCUGCUAAAGAGCGCUCCCCGUGUUGUGAACGCUUAUGAACGACAGAUCGCUGAGGGACAGACUGCUAAAUUUGUUGCGACCAUGACUCCUCACGGACUUACUAAGUCUCUCCUUUUGAUUUACUCUUAUAAUGCAUUUUGUGCCAACUCUGAACGAGUUACUCGCUCGAAGGGACCUCGCUCUUGAGAGGGGGGUAAUGUAAUGACCCGCCAAAAACACAAACUGAGAACACUGCUGAUUUCUGGGAUUUGCCGCUGGAAUGAAUGCCUUGCCGAAAU